AUGACUAAGAUUACUCAGCUUCUGUUCGACUGCGACAACACCCUCGUGAUGUCCGAGGAGCUCGCCUUCGAGGCCUGCGCUGACGUCGCCAACGAAAUCUUGGCUAAGCGUGACAUCACCGACCGCUACACGGGCGAAGAGCUCAUCAAGGACUUUGUUGGCCAGAAUUUCCGCGGUAUGAUGGUCUCUCUUCAGGCCAAGUACGGCUUCGAGAUGGACAAGGACGAGAUUGAGUAUUACGUCAAGGAGGAAGAGAACCAAGUCAUUGCCAAGCUCGAGGCCAAGGCUGUCCCCUGUAUCGGCGUCAUGGAGGAAUUGGAAAAGCUUCACGAGUCCGGUAAAUAUGACAUGGCCGUCGUCUCGUCUUCUGCUCUCCGUCGUGUCCGCGCUUCCAUCAAGAAGGUCCACCAAGACAAAUACUUCAAGGCCGACCACAUCUUCAGUGCUGCCACCUCUCUUCCCAAGCCUACCUCCAAACCCGACCCAGCCAUCUACCUUCAUGCCAUGAAGGUCUUGGGCAAGAAGCCCGAGGAAUGUGUCGCCAUCGAAGACAGCCGCUCCGGUGCUCUCAGUGCUAUCCGUGCCGGAAUCGCCGUCAUUGGAUACGUCGGCAGCUAUCACGGUGACGACCAGCGCGGUGAGAUGGCCGCCAAGUUGAUUGAACUCGGAGCCAAGGUUGUCAUGAAGGACUGGUCCGAAUUCGAGUCAUGCCUCAACGUCUUCACUUCGGCUCUCCACCCUUUUUCUUUCGAACUUUGA